AUGGUUGAUGUAUUGCAUUACAUUUCCAUCGCUUGGAAUGGCAGCUUCCUCAUCGAAGUUACUCUCACCUAUAAGGGGAUCCCGGCGACGGGGAGGCCUGGUGAAGCCGCCUCGCGGGCCCCUCUCCUGACGCCGCCCCCGGAGGAGGUCCUGCCGGGCUCGCUACGCCUCGAUCUUAACGAUAAUUCUCCUGAUGAAGGGCUAAUAGAUGAAUUUCCUAUGAUAGAUAAGAAAGCUGUGGAGCAGCUAACAGAAGGACUGAUUUCGCAUUAUUUACCUGACCUACAACGAUCAAAACUAGCCUUAAAAGAGCUCACACAGAACCAAGAAGUACUAUUAGAAACUGUACAACAAGAAAUUUCAAAGUUUAAAGAAUGUAAUUCAAUUCUUGAUAUCAACAUGCUGUUUUCAGAAGCAAAAUACUAUCACAAUAAGUUGGUAAACAUUAGGAAAGAGAUGUUGCUGCUGCAUGAGAAGACAUCAAAAUUGAAAAGAAGAGCACUCAAACUCCAGCAAAAGCGGCAGAAGGAAGAACUAGAACGAGAGCAGCAACGGGAGAAGGAGCUGGAGAGAGAAAAACAGUUAACUGCCAAACCAGCAAAAAGGACAUGAAAGCCCAACAUGUAUUGACUUGUUGUGCUAAUUAUAAUCAUUUUUGGACUUGUUGGGGAGAUGAUGAUCUGCCCCACAGCCUCAUGUUCUAUCUUGCCAAGGAGCCUAUUAAUAUUUCUAUCUUGCUAUUAGCAAGGAGCUAGGAACAGAAAGUGUACCAUAUUAACUACUCAAAACCACUUUUUGGUUUAUGCUUUGCUAAUAUUGCUGGGUCAAAUUAUUUUUUGAAGAAAUAGGAUAUGGCAUUAAUUCCAACAUCUUACAAGGUCUUGGUUGGGAUGCACCUGUCCCAAACCCAAAUGUGUUCCUUAACAUUUUAAUUCUACCUCAUUAAAUAUACUCUACACCAUACUUCAGGAUGGCUAUCACCCAUCCUUCCGUAUCCCCUUGUAAUAGGGAGGGAGCUUUGCAAUUGUAGGGAGCACAGGUAGAAAUCCUUGUGGCAACUUUCUGAGUUCAAAUUGUCCAAAACAACCCGAUGGAAUAGCUGGCCAGGGCUUCAUUUCUUCUGCAGGAUCUUGCUGGGUUAAGACUUGACUGGACGACCGAAGAAACAUGACAUGCAAAAAUAUUGGUGCAAUGAACAGGAAUGUCCUGCCCAACACCUAAUUUCAGGAAAAGCAGAUGAAUCUGUGAUAUGGAAACCUGCUAGCUCGAUGUAUAUUGUUGUAUUUCUUAGCAGAACAUACAAAAGGUGGGCAUCUUUGAAUGAACACUUACUUGGGAACAACAGGAAAAUUUUUAUAGCUUGCGCCCAUCAGAUUGAUUUAGCUUUGAAGGAGACAUUUGGUAACAAGCAGCAUUAGAAUUGUGGAUGUGCAGCAUCAAUAUCAUAAACACAGAUGGCCAAACAAUAAAAUAACAGCAUCAGCAUGGACUGUAGAGUUGAAUGCUGAUGGCAGGCAGUAGGAUCACCCUGUGUUCUCAGCAAUUGUUACCGUAUGUCAGUCACCACAAACACUUCUCCGUUUAAAGUCCAGUCUGUUUUAGUUACUGUAAUUUGGGGGCCCAUCAAGCAUUACUGUAAUAGCCAGGCAACAAAAUGCAUGAUUAAAAAAAGAUCUGCUUGCCUGUGGGAAAAAAAA